CGCCCCUUGCGCCGGAGAAGGACAAAGUCACGGAGCCGGGGCGACGCUCAGCCUCUGCGCCGAGCUGCCGCCCGAGCAGCCGCCCCGCGCGCCGCCGCCAUCUUAGGAGGUCGCCAUGUUCUCGUCCAUCGCGCCGCUCGCCCGGCUCAACCCCUUCUACGCGCCGCACUUGCAGCUGGCGCAGGACGGCGUGAGGAAGCGCCCGGAGCCCGCCGAGGCGCCCACCACGCGGCGGAGCUUGGCGGCCGCCUCGGCCGUCGAAGAAUACAGCUGUGCAUAUGGCUCAGGCAGAUUCUUUAUGCUUUGUGGCCUUGGUGGGAUUAUUAGCUGUGGAACAACACAUACAGCACUGGUUCCUCUAGACCUGGUUAAAUGCAGAAUGCAGGUUGACCCACAAAAAUACAAGAGCAUCUUCAAUGGAUUUUCAGUGACAAUCAAAGAAGAUGGUACUCGUGGUUUGGCUAAGGGAUGGGCUCCAACAUUUAUUGGAUAUUCCAUGCAAGGGCUCUGUAAAUUUGGUUUCUAUGAAGUUUUCAAAAUCCUCUAUGGCAAUGUGCUGGGAGAGGAAAACGCGUAUUUGUGGCGUACAUCACUAUACUUAGCUGCAUCUGCCAGUGCGGAGUUUUUUGCUGACAUUGCUCUGGCUCCCAUGGAAGCUGCUAAAGUUCGCAUUCAGACACAGCCUGGAUAUGCUAACACUCUGCGGCAAGCUGUACCAAAAAUGUUUGGAGAAGAAGGCCUCUGGGCUUUCUAUAAAGGUGUUGCUCCACUAUGGAUGAGGCAGAUUCCAUACACAAUGAUGAAAUUUGCCUGCUUUGAACGUACUGUUGAAGCUCUCUACAAAUAUGUGGUUCCCAAGCCGCGAAGCGAAUGUUCAAAGCCAGAACAGCUGGUAGUUACAUUUAUUGCAGGUUAUAUUGCUGGUGUGUUCUGUGCAAUUGUUUCUCAUCCUGCUGACUCUGUGGUGUCUGUAUUGAACAAGGAGAAGGGCAGUUCUGCUUCACAGGUUCUUGUGAGGCUUGGAUUCAGAGGUGUAUGGAAAGGUCUGUUUGCUCGUAUCAUUAUGAUUGGUACCCUGACUGCACUACAGUGGUUCAUCUAUGAUUCUGUGAAGGUUUAUUUCAGACUUCCUCGUCCACCUCCACCUGAAAUGCCAGAAUCUCUGAAGAAGAAGCUUGGUCUAACUGAAUAAACAACUCAUGGACUGACUUCACUGGCUGUCCCAGUGAUGAGUUUCAUGAAACUUUUAUAUAUUUGACUAUGUAGAAAAGAAACUAUUUGAUGUAUUUAUUGGCUGUGCCCUUAUCCCAUCUGAGGGUAUAAAUUCUACCACUGUCAUUGUCUGAAAUAAAUGAGAGCCAGAGUGCUUAGUGUCUGUUUACUAUUGUAUAUGUAAGCUUCACUUCAAGGAGUGAAUACCUGAAAAUAAUUCCCAACAUGAGAAAUUUAAGUCACUUUGCAUUUAAAGGAUUUCAGAUUUGUGGAAAAACUGCAACAAAAAGGUUUCCAUUGUUUCUAGAGAUGAGCUAAGAACCUAUCAUAGUGCUGCAGAAACUAAGUGCAGUCUUACACUGUCUUUGAAUCCACUGUCUCAUUUGCCUAUAUAAAUUGUUAUUGUAGAGUAGCAGAACUUUGGAAUAAAUGAGACUGCAUUCUGACAGGGCAGCCUGAUUACACCAUCUGCUUUCUUCACAGAGUUAAGAGGAGCCUUAUACAUUUGGAGUGGUUCUCCCAAUAUAACCCCUGCUUAAUUGACUAACUUCUGCUUUUGUUGGUUUUGAACUGCACUAAAGAACUCAGUUCUUUCAUUUGUACUGUGGAAUUAAACAGUGGCUACUACCUUAAAAAUCAAUUUUAAUAAAGAUUCUCAAAGGUAUCUGACCACUAAAAGCUUAGUACAACUUUAUAGUAAAAUUAAAAUGGCUUACUUUGUGCUGUAGAGAUUUUUGACAACAGCCUUCCCUUGCACUUGGUACUUUUUAGUCUUGAUUUUGGCUAAAUUACCUUAACUAUAACACUGAGUUUUGGUUGAACCAUUCCUGCAGUGCAAGAAGCCAUACCAUUUUUUUAAACCUUACUCAAUGAAAAGAAAUCUAGACUUCUAUGCACUUAGGAGGAGGAACUUGGGCACUGUUUUAUUAACUUAAAACUGUUCAGAUAUGCUGCCUUUCAAUGUUCUGAGCUUCUGAUAUUCAAACUAGCUUGGUCUUGCAUAGACUGUAAGCACUCCUUCCUCUUCAGUGUCUUUCAGAGUCAGGCCAAUUACAUCAGGCUCCAUCAGAGUAGCAUUAAUGUGCUGGCCAGUGUCUGACAUUGUUCCUGCUGCCAUUUUACCUGGUAUUUUACUUCCCUCCCAGAAAAAAAACUGUGACUUAGGAGAUGUUUCUAGCCAAACACUAGCAGACUAAGCCUUCGUUUGAAUUGCUACCUUUCAAAAUGUAGAGUAAAAUUAAGAAAAAUACUGCUCAACUUCCCUGUCACUGUUACGCUAUACAUGCUAUACAGAGGUUGGUAACUACCACCUAAUAACCACAUUAUACAGCAAAGUCAAAUUCCUGAAGUCUAAAUAAAACAUCUGUACAAGUAUUUUGGUGUUGAAUUAAAUGUAUUUUACUUCAUGUAGGCAUAUACAUCCUGCUGUGCCCCUUAUGAAUGGGGAAGUUUUGAAGUUAUUUAGCAAACCUCUGCUAAUGUUUGCUCAUCUUUGCUUAUAAUACUUUUCACCAGGGAAGCUCUUAACUGUGGCUUUGUCUUGCAGCAAGACUGUUCAUCUUAAAACAUAUUUUUUGAAUUUAGCUUUAGUACAUGGUUCAACUUGUUCUGCUCAAAAACAAAUUACCAUCACUUCAGUGCACUGAGUAUCAUAGUUUCAUUAAAGCUGAGUUUUAAGCCCUCGGGCUAGGCUUUGCUUGCUAGAAAGCAUCUCAAGUUUCUUCCAAUCCUGGGAAAGCUGAGUGUUUCCAUCAGCUUCUAAGGCUGGCUGAGGCUUAAGACAACUUGGCUCGCAGUAGUAUGAUCUGAUGGUCAUGUAAUCCAGGGAUAAACUGAAUUUCUCAAGCAAGACUAAUUUCUGUCAUUCUACAUGCAGAGCAAAACCAUAGCAGUUUUUCUGUAGAAAUACUAUUGGUCACCUUUGAUGCAGCCAUUUUAAAUACGUGCAAUAAGACUUUCAGAUUUGUUUUCUCAUUGCUCAAGCAUAAACCUGAAACUUUUUAAAGAUACUCAGAUCUGCCAAGGUAAUCUGAGAUAAAACUAUAUGACAGCUAGGUGUUAUGUUGUUCUUUUGUUAUUGAGAGAAGCAAAAUAUAUGUAGUCCUACUUUCAGUAUUUUGUUUCAGUGGAAAACUUGAGAGGGGAAGAGAAUUGCUUUGCAACUAUUAACUUUGUUGACCUUUAGCUACAGACUUACUCUGAUGUUUUAGGUGGAGGGGAAUAUGGCAUUUAAAAUGAUACUGCUAAAAAGGUUGCCCAGUGAAAUUUUAAGCAAGCUUGAGUGGGAAAGUGAUAGCAUUAAGUGAUAUUUAAAAGCCAAUUUUUGUCAUUGGCUAUGUCCUUUAUAGCGUGCGUGGUAAGUUUUCCAAAAGUAGGGAAGAUGAGAGAGACGAAAAAACGGCUUCUGACUGACUUGUGUUUUCACUGCAAGGAAAGUCCUAUAUUGAAAAAGAGCAAUCCAUUUUGAACCAAAUAUACUUCAGAUCUCCAGAACAGUCAUUAAAUCUGGAAGUGCUUUGUAAUAUGUGGAAUAUAUGUAUGCUGCUUGUGUAUAUUGUUUAUGAUAGAAGAAACAUCCUUUUUGCUAUUACUGGAGCUGAGACCAGUCUUCUGGUUUAAAACGUGUCAUCUGUAUAAAUUUGAAUGAUCAUUCAUACCCUAUGUUUGUAGAAGAUUAUACUACAAAUCAAGUAUGCUAACAGUAUUUGACAUUGCAUAUAUUUGCUGAAAUGCUUGUUACAUAUUCUAAAAUGGACUACAAUAUUACAAAGAGCUGUAAUUCAUUUACAUUUCUACAAAGAAAUGAUGUAGUUCACAGUGAAAACAAUAAACAUCCUGCUUUUUUAUAGUGAA